AUGACAAUGGAGCAAAUAUAUGGUUAUGAGGAGUUAUUUUCUAUUAAAUGCUCUUUGAUUUAUAGUAUACAUAUUUUUAGGAGUGAAAAGUAUUUGCUUGAUAAUAUUGAAAAAUUUGAAUUUCACUCCUGCCAAAACUACUCGACUAAAUUGAUGAAGAAGCGCUAAAGAAGUUAUUUAGUAGAAUGUUAAUAAAGGUUCCCAAUUAAUUAAAUACUUGGGAUUAGUAUAUUAAGAUCCAUUUUUAGCAUCUUAAUAAUAGAAAGAUUUAGGGACUUUUGGUAUUUUUCACUAGAAUAUUAUCAACAAAUUCUCUAUGAUUCGAUACUUAAAAUUUAAGAUUUAAGAAACUUUACGCAAUAGAAAGAGCUUGAGAAAAGAUUAAAAAGUAAAUAGAAAAUCUAAUCAAAAAUUAUGUUUAAUUUAUGCUUGCUAAAUGAAUCAUUAUUUCUUCAAGGAAAUUUGAUUGAUUAGUUUAUGAAUUAAAAAACUAAUAAAAGUAUCUAAGCAGAUCAUUCUAAGAAAUCGACAAAGAAGUAUUUUUAUAUUAUUUAAUUAGACUGAAGAUAAUUAUUAUAUUUACUCAAUAUAUUAUAAAAAUGCUAAGCAUAAUUUAAAUACCUUACUAAUUGAUAAUUUCUUUUUAACAGAAGGAAAAAUUAAUUGAAAGAUUUUGA